UAACAAGUGGUAUCAGAGCGAUAUUAAGGACAUUGAGAGGAGUCUACAGAAGUGUGAAGACCCUUCUAGACCCACCAUGGCCUGUGGGUGUGCCUAAGUGGUGUUCUAAAGGUUGGAUGUGUCUUCCGCUAAGGGGAAACUCUGCCGAAAUUUCGUGGACGCCGACACUUGUGAAAAUAUCGAGGGAGCUGAGUGUGGACAGCAAAGGGGGGCUGAAAUUCCAAGAUCAAUGGACACCUGAGUGGCUAAGGCAGCAGAUUCUGCAGGAGGACUUCCGCAGACGCCAUGUGGGAGGCGGUGCUGCCACUAAGACUGCUGAGGGGUAUGGAGCUGCAGGGCGCGGCAGAGGAAGAGGGGGUUGGAAAGGCCGAGGCCGUGGGAGAAGCUUUGGCAGAGGUAGAGGCCGAGGUGACUAUAAUGAGGGGCAUGGGAGCUCCAGUGGCAGGGGGAGUACCAGAAUGGAGGGCACCUGCUGAGGCCUUGAAUGGACCAAAUGGGGAGAAGUGGAAGGCGAGUGAGGAUGAGGAGUUCGGGUCCCUAAUUGAGAACGAGACAUGGGACCUGUGUGACUUGCCUCCUGGAAAGAAGGCAAUCACUUCCAAGAUGAUCUACAGGCACAAGUAUGGACCUGAAGGGGAGCUGACCCGCUACAAGUCUAGGCUUGUGGCACGGGGGUUUCAGCAGACAAAAGGGAAGGACUAUGAUGAGGUGUUUGCUCCUGUGGGGAAAGGAACAACACUGAGGGUGCUGUUAGCGAUAGCUGCACUCCUGGGAUGGAAGAUACGGCAGAUGGACAUUGUGACUGCUUUUCUGAAUGGGAUCAUUAUGGAGGAGUGUUUUGUCGACGUCGUUUCUUGUGAAGACGACUUUUCUGUCCAGAAUUUCGGAUUUAUCUUUUGAGUAAUUCUAGCUCCUAAGUUCACCUAGACUCUGUCCUUAAUCCUAACAAGGGGUAAUUAAGCAAGGUAGGUAUGAUUAAUCAAGGUAGGCGUGAUUG